CGCGGGAACUUUUUGACGUUAAGCUCUUGCACAGCUUGUAGUUUAUAUAUUUUUUUGCCGAAACUGAUUUUUUAGCAUAUUUUCCAUAUAUUUUCGUUUAUUUGCUUUAAAAACUAUUGUAUCGCAUUUCUAAUCAGUACUUAAUCCAUAUUUAUAUCAAAGACACAAAGCCGGUGGUAACAAUGAAAGAUAAAUCAGAAAGCGCUUCGGAACAUGAGGAAUACCAGUAUUUACAGAUCGUGCAAAAAAUAAUAGAUUCCGGAGAUAAAAGAGUUGACCGCACAGGUGUUGGUACUCUUUCUAUAUUCGGAGCUAUGCAGCGGUACUCAUUGAAGAACAAUACUUUACCUCUUCUUACAACCAAGAGAGUGUUUACCAGGGGUGUGAUUUAUGAACUCCUCUGGAUGCUCUCUGGAUCAACAGAUACAAAGGCUCUAGCUGAAAAGGGCGUACAUAUUUGGGAUGCUAAUGGAUCAAGAAGUUUCCUUGACAAUUUAGGAUUCACAGACAGAGAAGAAGGUGAUUUGGGUCCUGUCUAUGGAUUUCAAUGGAGACAUAGUGGUGCAAAAUAUGUUGAUGCUAAAACUGAUUACACUGGCCAAGGAAUUGAUCAAAUUCAAAAAGUUAUUGACACUAUUAGAACAAAUCCAACAGACCGAAGAAUGUUAGUAUGUGCAUGGAACCCAUCUGACUUGAACCAGAUGGCUCUCCCACCAUGCCACUGCCUGGCUCAGUUCCAUGUAGCCAGUGGCCGGUUGAAUUGCCUUCUUUACCAGAGGAGUGCCGAUAUGGGCUUAGGAGUGCCCUUCAAUAUUGCCAGCUAUGCUAUGCUAACUCACAUGAUUGCACACAUCACAGGUUUAGAGGCUGGAGAUUUUGUUCACACAACAGGCGAUACUCACGUGUACCUUACCCAUAUUGCUCCUCUGACAGAGCAGUUGAAGAGGGAACCCAGACCAUUCCCUACUUUGAAGUUCGCACGUAAAAUUGAAAGUAUUGACGAUUUCAAAUUUGAAGACUUUAUCAUUGAGGGCUACAAACCACAUCCUAAAAUUGAAAUGGAAAUGGCAGUGUGAUAUCUAAGUAUUGAGAAUUAAACAUUCCUAUUUAUGUUAUCAAAAACAAGAAUCAUUUAAGUAUUAUCACAACUAAUUACUAUAAAUUGAAAGUAUAAUUUACCGAGUGAAACUCGGAUAAACAUAGUUUUGUAAGCAAAAUAUAAGUUAAGGAAUAAAAAAACAUAAAAUGAAUAAGACAGGUUUUAUUUCCUGGAAUUUUUGUCAUUUCUGACUUGAUUAUUAUGACCUUCUUUUGCGAUCUUAUAGAUUAAUAAAGUCACUUCUAUAUCCCAUGUGGGAUAGACAAACAGUCCAAUAGUGAUAGGUGGUUGGCCCAUCACCUACAAGAGGAAUCCCAAGUUUAUAAUCAAGCCUAUCCUUUAGUCGCCUUUGAAGAAAUUAAAACAAUAUAUGGAUUGUAGUCCUCUUUAUAAGCAAAGUGAUGAAAAGGUGAUGAAUAAAAAAUAAAAAGCUCUGCCUCUAUUUUAUCAAUUUAAUAUUAUUACAAGUUUCGUGAUGCUAGCAAUAAAAUCCCAAUUACCUUAAUGGCAUAGUAAACCUAAUUCAAUCAUAGUAAUGCUAAUAAAAUUCACAUUAUAAGAUAUAAAUUUCAACAAUACCUUAACAAAUUCAUAAUUCUGUUUUCUUAUCUCUAUGUAACAUUCAAAACUAUUUAUGCAUUUUGUACAUUAUUUCCCACAUUAAUCGGUAAAUUAGUCUUCUAUUCAAGAAAUACAUCCUUUUCUGUAUGGCCUGCUUGCAAACACUGCAGCAACAAAUGUAUAGAAGAAUAACAUGAUAUAGAAGUUGAGUAAAAGUGGUCCUGACUCGAAAUUAUAACGUUGUUCUUAAGCCUCAGUGGCCCAUAUCUAAUCAUGUAGGUUUUA